GCACCCAGCAUCUCACAUUCGACAGAUCCCAUUAGAGAUAAUAGCCUUCAGUAGGGCUAAUACUGAGGACAUCCCCUCUCACUACCUGCAGGACCUUGGCAGUUGGAUCACUCCCAUCUCACAGCACCUCACAGGUCUCUUCCCCGGAGCAGUGCACUGCUGAAGCGAGGAGCUGCUCACGAAUCAGCUGCAGGUCCCUGUUUUGAAAAGCAGAGAUACAGAGGCAGAGGAGAAGGGUGGACUUCCAUGUGACCUGUUCUUAGAGCAAGACAAUCACCACCCGAAUUCCAGAAGCCCUGUUCAUGUGUGGGGAUAUUUUUCGACUACAUGGAAUCAGAAAGAAGCAAAAGGAUGGGAAAUGCCUGCAUCCCCCUGAAAAGAAUUGCUUGUUGCCUAUGUCUCUUAUCUGCGCUUUUGCUGACUGAGGGGAAGAAACCACCGAAGCCAAAAUGCCCUGCCGUGUGUACUUGUACCAAAGAUAAUGCUUUAUGUGAGAAUGCCAGAUCCAUUCCACGCACCGUUCCUCCUGAUGUUAUCUCAUUAUCCUUUGUGAGAUCUGGUUUUACUGAAAUCUCAGAAGGGAGUUUUUUAUUCACACCAUCGCUGCAGCUCUUGUUAUUCACAUCAAACUCCUUUGAUGUGAUCAGUGAUGAUGCCUUUAUUGGUCUUCCACAUCUAGAGUAUCUAUUCAUAGAAAACAACAACAUCAAGUCCAUUUCAAGACAUACUUUCCGGGGACUAAAGUCUUUAAUUCAUCUGAGCCUCGCAAACAACAAUCUCCAGACACUCCCAAAAGAUAUUUUCAAAGGCCUGGAUUCUUUAACAAAUGUGGACCUGAGAGGGAAUUCAUUUAAUUGUGAUUGUAAAUUGAAGUGGCUGGUGGAAUGGCUCAGCCACACCAAUGCAACUGUCGAAGACAUCUACUGUGAAGGCCCCCCAGAGUACAAGAAGCGCAAAAUCAAUAGCCUUUCCUCCAAGGAUUUUGACUGCAUCAUUACAGAAUUUGCAAAAUCUCAAGACCUGCCUUAUCAAUCACUGUCCAUAGACACUUUUUCUUAUAUGAAUGAUGAGUAUGUUGUCAUUGCUCAGCCUUUUACUGGAAAAUGCAUUUUCCUUGAAUGGGACCAUGUAGAAAAGACUUUCCGGAAUUAUGACAACAUUACAGGCACAUCCACUGUAGUGUGCAAGCCUAUAGUCAUUGAAACUCAGCUCUAUGUUAUUGUGGCCCAGCUGUUUGGUGGCUCUCAUAUCUAUAAGCGAGAUGGUUUUGCAAACAAAUUCAUAAAAAUUCAGGAUAUUGAAAUACUCAAAAUCCGAAAACCCAACGACAUAGAAACAUUCAAGAUUGAAAACAACUGGUACUUUAUUGUUGCUGAUAGUUCAAAAGCUGGUUUUACUACCAUUUAUAAAUGGAAUGGAAAUGGAUUCUACUCCCAUCAAUCUUUACAUGCCUGGUACAGGGACACUGAUGUGGAAUAUUUAGAAAUAGCCAGAACACCUGUGACACUUAGAACACCUCAUUUAAUCCUGUCCAGUAGUUCCCAGCGUCCUGUAAUUUAUCAGUGGAACAAAGCAACACAAUUAUUCACUAACCAAACUGAUAUUCCUAACAUGGAAGAUGUCUAUGCAGUAAAGCACUUCUCAGUGAAAGGUGACGUGUACAUUUGCUUGACAAGAUUCAUUGGUGAUUCCAAAGUCAUGAAAUGGGGAGGCUCCUCGUUCCAGGAUAUUCAGAGGAUGCCAUCGCGAGGAUCUAUGGUGUUCCAGCCUCUUCAAAUAAAUAAUUACCAAUAUGCAAUUCUUGGAAGUGAUUACUCCUUCACUCAAGUGUAUAACUGGGAUGCAGAGAAGGCCAAAUUUGUGAAAUUUCAGGAGUUAAAUGUUCAGGCACCAAGAUCGUUCACACACGUGUCCAUUAAUAAGCGUAAUUUUCUUUUUGCUUCCAGUUUUAAGGGACAUACACAGAUUUACAAACAUGUGAUAGUUGACUUAAGCGCAUGAGACACCAAAUCCUGUGGCUGUCAUCAGAAUCUGUCUGCAGUUCGUGAUCUGGAUGAACUCCAUGCAUGACGACUCUUCUUAUCACAUUUGCGAAUGAAUGCCUUUUAAACAUUGAGACGGCUAGAACCACACACUACCAGUACUUCAUCCUUAACUGUCCAAUCCAGUGAUGUGGAAAGUUACCUUUUAUAGGACAAAACUUAAUUGUGUAACUGCUCUUUGCAGGAAGAUGUGUAAAUAAAUGUUUCAUGGUAUCUGUUACUCAAAAA